CCAGGGGCGGCCCGAUGGCGGCCGGAAGCGGCGGGAGGGCGGGGAUGGAGGGCCCGGUGGCCGCUCUGCUGACGGCGCUGGGGUACACUGGGCAGCUCGUUAAAGAGGGUGUAUUGUCGCAGGAAGUGGAGAAGGGGCCGUGCUGCCCACAUUUCACUGGUGCCUGCUCCUGGCUGGUGUCUGAGCUGAAAGCUGUCAGCCUCCUGGAGGAAUGCCUCACCCCAACAACAGGUGCUGAAGAUGCAGAAACCUUUCAGCUGGAGGUCAGUGGGUUGCUCAGUGAGCUACACUGUCCCUACCCGUCCCUCACCGCAGGAAGCGCCACCUCCAGGCUGAAUGACAAACAGAGCUGCCUCCAACUGCUGCUGUUUCUGGGCUCGGAGCUGCAGGCGGCCAGGCUACUACGCUCCAGGCAGCUGCCACAGGAACAGCAGCAGGUGCCAGAAGAUGCUGGCGGCGGUGAAGUCUUCGGAGAGCUGGCGGCACUGUGUAGAGCACUGGGCGUGGCUGAACCCACGCAAGAUGCCCCUGUGGCACAGCUCUUCAGAGACCUGGAACUGAAAAUCCGAGAUGCCAGUUCCAGUCUGCCGGAGGGCACGGUGGGAAAACCCUUACUGAGCAGGAGCCUGGAGCCUGGCCAAUGGGAACAUCUGGAGGAAAUCCAUCAAGCCAUGUGCGUGGAGUACGAGUGCCGCAGGCAGAUGUUGAUCAGUCGCCUGGAUGUGACGGUGCAGUCGUUCCACUGGUCUGAGCGAGCACAGCAAUGUGGAGCUGCGAUGGGUCAGCUGUAUGAGCCCCUGAGAGACGGGCUCAGCUCCGGGACCGGUGUCACACUUGCCCGUCUGCUGUCUGCCCGGGAGGACCUCUCCGUCAUUACCAGGGCCACCAGCCAGAGCAGUCGGGAGAAAACGGCUUGUGCUGUCAACAAGAUCCUGAUGGGUCCGGUGCCGGAUCGCGGAGGGAGACCUUCUGAGAUCGAGCCGCCGAUGGUUAAGUGGGAAGGCAGGAGAAGUGGGGGUGGUGGGAGGAAGGAGAAGCGGAGAGGUAAAGAUCGAAGGCACUAAUGCAGCUCCAGGAAAACCCCACGCCGAGGAGUGCGAGGCUCUCGCCUGCUCCGUGUGGGAGGAUCUUCAGUAAUCUCGGUGAUUCCAGCUGGAGUUGUCAAUCCGCUCCAGAGUGAGAGGUCAGAGCAGCAGGUUGGCUGGAUUGGCGGCUUCUGACGGAGCAGUGGUGUCAAUCGAUGUGCCAGAGGGCUUGGACACCCGCAACACCGCGCCUCGCUGCAGCUGAAUCGGCAUUCCCACCGAAGCGAGAAGACCAUUUGGCUGGUUGGAAACGCACUGAGUCAUGGGUGAAGUGUGGCUCAAAUAUCAGCUGCUGUCACCAUCGACUCUUCUAAAGUCGGCUUGCAAGAAGUGUGGAUACCCUCAAGAAGAGGAGCACUGCGCAUUCUGUUGUAGACCUCUCGAAUAAUAACUGUACAGCUUUGUUGAUCAUCCUUUUCCUUUGUGUUUGAUGUGUAGGAUGGGGGAGGGUGUUUGGUGGGAAGGAAGUGUUACGUUUAUUUCCAGAAGGGGAGUGGCUGGGUGGUGGCGUGUGCCAGUCCCAACAUGAAUCAUAGUUGGUGUUGCCCGUGGGUUGUGCUCUGAAUGUACCUGUGAAUCCUGUGUGAAGGUUGCUCAACCAGAGCCUCGUUGAGGAGGGAAUAGUUUGCAAAAUUUCUGUUCUUAAAAUAAAAUCAAUGAUCUAA